AUGCCAAAUUUUGAUGCUUCGUUAUUUGAGAUAACACAAGUAUCGUCAACAGUGACUGUAGACGAUGCAGUCACCUUCUUCAAGGAGCAUGGCAUCUUCUACUACGCUGAUGCAAAUAUUGCAAAACAAGUAGAAAGAUUUGGCAUUCAGCCUCUUCGCGAUCCCAAGUUUCUAAGGGAAUUCACGUUGGAAGAUCCACGACUUGCGCGUAUUCUCGAAUCCUAUGAACCAACCUACACCUAUGUCCUUGGUCCUCAUCGAGGAGCAUUUUACUGCCAGUCAGUGAAGCCAAAACCGGAACAUGCCAACCAAGCCAUCGUGUAUAUAUGGACCAAACGAACAUGGCUGGAAUUUUUCCCGACAAGUCAUGCCGGCCCUCUUAGAGGAGUGUCUGCAUCGAACGGGCUCUAUCAGGUCCCGUAUUUAUGGUAUCGGACGAAGCCUUGGAUUCAAGAUGAAGCAGAAAAAGAGAGACUGAAAGAGAUUCCUAUUGAAAUGGACGAAGGUGGUGUACUGAUUGUACACCCUCGGAUGACAUUUGCGGUCCAAGAAGGGUUCGCAGUUGCGUACGGAUGUAGGAAGAGAGACGCAGGAGAUCCAGACACACAGCAAUGA